AUGGAGACAGCAAUAGCAACAGUGUUCUACCUUGACAAGUCACCAUACAAAAACGAAAAGCCGUAUUUCUGCUGCCUCCCACCGGAGCUUUUGCAAGGAAAUUCUUCAACUAAUCACGUCCAUAUCCCAGCCGAUAUCACCGUCACCAACAUCAGAAGCGAGGUAGCAACAUUCAGCCUCGACGAAAAUGGCUUCGAGGUGGCGGAACAGACCCUGGAUGACCAGUUCAAUUAUGAGAGCGUGAAGUCCGGCAGCGAGAUCGAGCAGCGCUACAUUCAGGAAAUGGAAGCGUUUCUGACAGAAAGAUUCGAGGCCAAGAAAGUCGUCGUCUUUGAUGUAGAGACUCGGAAGAGGAACCGCGAAUUUCCGGGCAACAUCGGGCAGAAGUCAAGCUUGGAGCAGCCUGUCCGUGGUGUCCAUGUUGCCAGCGCAAUCGAGAGAGCUGUGUACAUUGUCCGGCAACAUAACCUCGACGAGCAAUUGCUUUCUGGGAGGAUGCAGAUCAUAAAGUCAGGUGCCUCACUCCUGAUCAUGCCAUCCAUUGGUGCUGACCUAUCUCCAACUCGAAGCUCAUGGCGGCCGUUCUUCUCUGACCUCGAGGACUGGCCGUUGGGGUUGUGCGAUGCCAGAACCAUUGACAUCGAGGAAGAUAUAAUACCUUCCGAUACGGUAUUUCCGAACAACGUCGCGGAAACGCUACAAGUCCACCGAUCCUCGGCCCAUAAAUGGUACUUUCUUGACAAACAGUCGCAGAAUGAGCUGCUGCUAUUCAAGAUCUUCGAUUCGGAUGAUACCAGCUCCAGAGGUAAGUAA